AUGGAUGAUUAAUCCUAAAACAAUAUUAAGAGCAAUCCAUCAAAAUUGACAUACUAUUCAGAAUCUCCGUUGAAGACGGAAACAAACCAACGCUUCACCCACUUGUAAUAAAAUUGCGAUUAGAAAAAAGAAAAGAACGAUAGAGGAAGCUUGGAGAAAAUGGGGGAAUCAUCAUCUGCAGAAAGCCCUAAGAAUGAUUUCAAAACCAAAUUAAUAAACGAAGAAAUUGUAUGGAUCGAUUACGCGGUGCAACAAGCGCAAAUCGCCCAGAACACAGUACAGAACGCAUUAGAUUCCGCGAUUUCUAUUACCCGCUCUCGAUUUCAUCAGAUUCGAGAUACUGGUGCUGCUCAUCUCUCUCUCACCGCUGAUUAUCUUGAAGAUGUAAAGACUGAUUACAAAGCAUAUGAGGAUCUUGCAUUUGGAAAGAUUAAAGAUGGAUUACUCUUUGCUGCCUCUAAUCCAUUACUUACGAGUGGAGUUGUCCUUGCUUCGGGUCUUAUUAUUUCAAAAAAACCCAGACGUGCCUUGUACUACAAGUCAAUGCGCCUUUUUUCUAGUGAGGAGACUUUGUUCUCUAGAGCGGAGGCUAAGGUAAACAGGUUGAAAGAAUCUAUUGAUAGCCUGAAGAAAGAAAGUGAAGCUUUGGAGAAGGGAGCUUUGCAAGCAGAAGAGGAAAUGAAACGAGGACGGAAAAAACUCAGACAAGCAGGAAAUCAGAUCCAAGGUGUCACUCGCACAGCCUACAAGAUUGAGAGAGAAGCUGCAGGCUUAAAAGAUAUCCUUAAAGAGCUACCCAGAAGAGAAGCGUCCCAAUUCAGAUCAGAAGUCUCAAAGCUUGGGUCGGAGGCAAAGCGAGAAAGGCAAGCUCUUAGCAAAAAGGUUGCGAAGAUUAGCAAUUACGGGAUAUCUGUUUAAAGUCAAGUGUUAAGACAACCCGGUCAGCAGAGUUAUUUAGUUUAAACACUGCACCUUGAAUGGUGUAGACGGCUUCGUUCCAGUAUCCCUAUCAUAAUAACAAAAUAUGUUGCAUUGAUCAAUAUCUUCAAUAAAAAUAUAGCACUGAUCAACAAUACUUUGGUGAUGUCAUUUCCAGAUGACGACUUUUAUGUAAAAGUGUAUAUCCAACGGAAGAGCAGGAGAUAAUACUGUUGAACCCUACAUUUAUGUUAGGAUUUUGAAUUAUUGCCACAAUUUGAUACAUAUAUGAAUGCAGGGAUGAAACACAGAAUUUUGUUUUUCAA